CGUUUCAAUUUGAACUUGGAGACACGAUCGGCGCUACUCCACCAUCCAUUUUCAUCUCUAAUUUCUUCUUAAAAGAUCAGAAAUUUGGGAAUUUUGAGGGGAAAACUGUGGCCCUGGAAAAUAUGCUCAAGUGAUAGGAGUAGUUUUUUCAGCUUUAAAUGGGCCCCGGACUAUAAGUUGGUGACAGUUGAAACUUGAAAGUUAGAAGAAAUUGGAUUCUCUGGUACAACUAGUAAUACUUGUGCCUCACACAAUGUAAGCCAUUCUUCUCCUUCUUUAUUUUUAAUUCAUCUGCAAAAGAAUGAUGAAUAGAACGUAUAGAAAUGUAGUUAACUGGCUUAGCCCAAUCUUUCAGUCUCCUCCCCUAAAAUCAGCCAUUGAGACACCCUACAAUGCCAGAAGGCUUACGGAAGCUCUAUUACUUGCUUUUCACAACCCUAUUAAAGCAGACUAUACUAUUUACUCAAAUAUUAUUCAGCUUUGCAUUGACCUAAGGGCUCAUAAACAGGGCCGUUUGGUCCACUCCCAUCUUAUAACUAUUGGGUUUCCUUCAAAUGUUCAUUUAGGAACCAAGUUGAUCAUUUUCUAUACAAUGUCCAAUGACAUGGUGUCUGCCUGCAAUUUGUUUGAUAAAUUGCCUGAAAGGAAUGUGGUUUCAUGGACUGCGCUUUUAUCUGGGUACUCUCAGAAUGGAUAUUCACAAGAAGCCCUUGAUGUGUUUGUUGCUAUGCGUAGGGAAGGGGUGAGGGCAAAUCAAUUUACUUAUGGAAGCGUUUUAAGGGCGUGCACUAGUGUAUCAUGUUUGAAUUUAGGAAAGCAAAUACAAGGGUGCAUUCAGAAGAGCAGGUUUUUGGAUAAUUUGUGUGUACAGAGUGCGUUGGUUGAUUUUCAUUCUAAGUGUGGGGCAAUGGAGAAUGCUUUUUGUGUUUUCGAGUCAAUGGCAGAGAGGGAUUUGGUUUCUUGGAAUGUCAUGAUUUCUGGAUAUGCUUUUCAUGGUUUUAGCAUUGAUGCAUUUCUGUUAUUCCGUUGGAUGCUCAGACAAGGUAUACUCCCCGAUUGCUUCACGUUUGGAAGCAUUCUCAAAGCAUCUAUAGGAGGUGGCAAGCGUAGUGGGCUAGCGAAAGUCAGUAUGAUACAUGGAUGUAUCAUUCGACUUGGUUAUGAGUCGUACAGUAUUAUUAGUGGAGCAUUAGUUGAUGCCUAUGUAAAAUGUGGAAACCUGGCCAAUGCAAAUUAUCUAUACAAGAAGUUGCAGAACAAAGAUAGGAUUUCAUGCACUGCGUUAAUUACUGGCUAUGCACGUGAAGGUAAAAAUAGCAGUGAGUACCUUGAACAUUUUUGUGAAUUACGUCGGAUGCAUAGGGAAAUUGAUAGCAUUUUGUUAUGCUCUAUGAUCAACAUAUGUGCCAAUACAGCAUCCCUGUCUUUGGGAAGACAGCUACAUGCUAUUGCGAUUAAAUACCAGAGCACUCAUGAUGUGGCCAUGGGUAAUGCUUUGGUUGAUAUGUAUGCAAAAACAGGGGAAAUUGAUGAUGCCAACAAUGUUUUUCAUCACAUGACAGAGAAAAAUAUAAUAUCAUGGACGUCAAUGAUCUCUGCUAAUGGUGCACAUGGUCGAGGAGUUGAUGCAGUUUCAUGUUUUAAGAAGAUGGAAUGUGAAGGUUUUGAGCCAAAUGAUAUAACGUUCUUGUCUCUCCUGUUUGCUUGUAGUCAUAACGGGUUGACUGCUGAAGGAUGGGAAUGUUUCAGGAAGAUGGUCAGAAAAUAUAAAAUUAUUCCAAGAGAUGAGCAUUACUCUUGCCUUGUGGACCUUUUUGCACGCAGUGGCUGUUUAAAUGAAUCCUACUAUUUGAUUUGCAGAAUGAAUAUAAAGCCUAGUGCCUCUCUUUGGGGUUCAGUUCUUGGGGCAUGUAGGGUAUAUGGCAAUAUGUACCUUGGAGAGGUAGCAGCCAGGCAUUUAUGCAAUUUUGAACCUAUGAAUGCUGUUAGCUAUGUGGUUCUAGCAAGUAUGUAUUCUGCAGCUGGCUUAUGGGAUAGUGCUCGGGAUGCUCGAGAUGUAGUUCAAACUAGAAGGUUAACAAAAGAUCCUGGUUACAGCCUUUUUCAAUCCGAUAAUGAUAUGUUAGCACUUCCUCCUACUGGCUGAUAUGUGAAAAUGAUCCAGAUCUGUCUUAUAAUGUUUCAUACUACCCGGAUUUUUCAAAAGUGAGUUUUGAUAGUUGUAGUUUCAGUAAGCAGUGAUGAUGCAAUGAAGCUUUAUGGAUCUCACUAGGUGUAAAGCUUCUCUGAUUAUUACUGGACCUGUUUAACUGAUUCCCCGCACAUCGUCAGCAUUUGAUCUAAGUCCUUAUUCAAGCUUCAUGCCAAUGAAAGGGGGAGAUUUCUGGUGGAAAGACAUUUCCUGAGGGACAGGUAAUGAUUGACUGAAAUGUAUUCUGUUGGUACAGCUGUGAGCAGAACAUGAAGAGGUACUCACGUAUAUUUGUGACAUUGACGGGAGUACAUGAAUCUCUUCAGCUCUUUAGGGUAUGGAGUAAAUGGUCGUGGAAGGCAAACUACUUGCUGGUUGUGUGCGGUAUGAGUGGUACCAUCCACGUAAAGCUUCGUGAAAAUGGAAGUGGAUAGAAAUAUUCCUUUUGUACCUCACUCUCAUCUACAACGGGACGAAGAAGAUGUCUGAAGAGUGGAGGCGGAGUACUGUGAUUCCGUUGUACAAGCACAAGGGGGUAUCUAAAACUGCAACAACUAUAGGGGUAUCAAGUUGUUAAGCCAUACGAUGCAGGGUGGAUGAAGUGGAGACUCGCUUCCGGUGUCUUGUGCGAUAAGAAUGUGCCGUUGAGACUUAAGGGUAAGUUCUGCAAGGUAGUGGUUAGACCGACUAUGUUGUAUGGGGCAGAGUGUUAGCCAGUCAAGAACUCCUAUGUCCAGCAAAUGAAAGUAGCUGAAAUGAGGAUGUUAAGAUGGAUGUGUGGGCAUACUAGGUUGGAUAGAAUUAGGAAUGAAGUUAUUCGGGACAAGGUGUGAGCGGCCCCUUUGGAGGAAAAGAUGCGUGAGGCAAGGCUUAGAUGGUUCGGGCAUAUUAAAAGGAGAAGCACAAAUGCCCCAGUCAGGAGGUGUGAAAGGUUGGCCUUGGGGGGUAAGAUGAGGGGUAGAGCUAGGCCAAAAAAGUCUUGGAGAGAGGUGAUCGGGCGGGACAUGGCGCAGCUUGAGCUAACCGAGGACAUGACCCUGGAUAGAAGGGUGUGAAGGUUGAAGAUUAGGGUAGAAGGUCUUAAUAUAUCUCGGGCACAUCAAUUGUACUUGUCAAAUCUGUUCUGUUUCUCUCCUGAGAAGUUUUAGAAAAGUGAUACAUGCAGUAUGAAUAGGUGAAGAAACCAUGGACUUACCAAUUAUCAGCUGGAAAAGGAAAAGCUGUUUGUCCUGGGUAAAUAUAUAGAUUUGAUUAAUUGAAAUCUUGGGAGUAUUGAAAUACUCUGGGGGAGUUGCUGAAAAAGUUGAAGCCAUGAAUAAAUAAAAGGCUCUUGAUUUUGAAGUUUCAUAUGCUGUGACAUGUGAUAGUUCAUUCCGUAUCUUUUCGGAUCUCUCCUUUCUUUUUCCUUUCGUUUAUAUUUUGGUGUUUCACUUUUGGAGGAAAGAGCACGUAGUUGCGAUGUUGCUUGAGACAAAAAUGCAUGGUGGAGCUCUUGACAUGAGUUUAUGUUUCCACUGCUGAUCUUUUAAAAAUCAUGGGUUGGACUUGGUUGUUUAAUUCAGGUAUACAGCUAAAUCUCUGUGCAACAAGUUACCGUGUCAAUUCGUA